AUGGCUCCAUCUACAGUACCACUUGGAUACUACAUUUGGAAGCGCUUGGCAUCACUUGGUAUUGAGCAUGUUUUCGGUGUUCCAGGCGAUUUCAAUUUGACAUUGCUGGAUCAAAUAUAUGACGUCCCUGAAUUAACAUGGAUCGGUACUUGCAAUGAGCUUAACGGAGCAUAUGCAGCGGAUGGAUAUGCUCGAAUUAAGGGCAACCCAGCGGCUCUGCUCACCACUUAUGGUGUAGGAGAGCUGUCGGCUAUGAAUGGUGUUGCUGGUGCAAUGGCUGAGCACGCCGGCAUGAUUCAUCUCGUGGGAAUGACUUCAAGACCGAUUCAAAAAGCCAAGGCUCUCAUCCAUCAUACUAUGUAUCCUGAGAUGGAUCACGCGAUUUACAUUGGGAUGUCCGAACCUGUCCGUAAGACGUAUGCAUAUCUUAUGGAUGAUAGCACCAUGGCUGAGGAGAUUGAUCGAGUCCUUAUCGAAGGUGUCAAAAGUCGAUUGCCGGUCUUCAUCUACAUCCCUUUAGACAUUGUCUCGGUCCAGCUGGAUGCGACUCGCUUAGAGACACCUCUUGACACCACCAUAAAAAAUGAGAGUACUGAUGUGGAAGAUGAGAUUGUCAAAUCAACUCUUGAGCUAAUCAAGUCUGCUGCGAAACCUGCAGUUCUUGCAGAUGUGUUGACUAUCCGACACAAGGGUCGAGAUUUGAUGAGAGAACUUGUGGAUUUAACACACUUUCAGAGCUUCUCCACUCCAUUGUCAAAAGGCGUUAUUGAUGAGACACUGCCAACAUAUGGAGGAGUAUAUAAUGGAAUUGCUUCCUUUCCUGGUGUAGCCGAUGCCGUACACGCGUCGGAUCUGGUCCUGAAUAUAGGACCGUUGUUGUCCGACUCGAACACAGGUGGUUUCACUAGAUUUAUCAAAGAUGAGCAUCUCGUCUACUUGGGUCACGAGUACUGUCAAGUACAAGGGAAGAAAUAUGAUGGCGUGCAUUUAUUGCCUGUUUUAAAAAAGCUCGUGGAAGAACUGAAGAAGGAUACAGGAAAAUACAACAUACCAAGAUCACCUAAAUCCACUAAAAUUGAGGUACCCAUUCUCAGCAACCUAAAAUCAGGCAAGAUAGAGCAAUCGUACACAUGGCAACGACUCGGCAAAUUCCUCAAGCCCAACGACAUAAUCCUCGCCGAAUCUGGCACCGCUCAAUUCGGCAUGCCCGAUGCCACCUUUCCCCCAAACUCUCAAUUCAUCACUCAAAUCUUCUGGAGUUCCAUCGGAUACACCGUCGGAGCCUGUCUCGGCGCCCUGGUAGCAGCCAAAGAGCUGAAGCACCCAGGAAGAGUAGUCUUAAUCGUCGGCGAAGGCUCCUUGCAAAUGACAGUCCAGGAAAUCGGAUCGUACAUCCGAUACGGCUUCAAACCGAUCAUUUUCGUGAUCAAUAAUAACGGGUACUCUAUCGAACGCGCCAUCAACGGACCAAAGCAAAAGUACAACGACGUUAGUAUGCUGUGGGAUCACCAGAAGAUGCUCGAGUUCUUCGGCGCGAGACAGGAGACGGGGAUUGCGAGUAAGAGUUAUCGCUGUGAGACUGUUGAAGAGCUUGAGAAAGUUCUGACGGAUGAGGAUUUCAAUUCUACGAAUAGUAUUCAGCUGUGUGAGAUUGUGAUGGAUCAGUUUGAUUAUCCAUGGAGGUUGACGAGGCAGCUUGAGCUUGCGAGAGCUAGAUUGGCGGGGAAGCAGAUUGAUCAGAAUGGGAUUGUGGGGGAAUGA